AGUAUGUGUCACGUUCAUGUAUACUAGAUUGUCGUGAUCACUAUUUUUUAUCAUUCUGUCAGCAUAAUUAUCAGUAAUUUGAAACAUUUUUUAAACUCUUAAUACGUGUUUCGCAUGUAUGUUGUGUAACGUUUGUAUCAGGGGGAAUAUAUAAAUGAUCAGAAUCGUCGCAUUUACGCUCAGUUUCCUACAAGGUAUUUAAGAUAAAAUAAGAUCAUCCGUUUGGAAGGAUUCGGUUUGUUAAACUUAAACAUCAUGCGUUGCUACAUAGUACUGCUAGUAUUCUCCCUUAUGGCGUGGACGAACGCCGAAGAAGACUUUUAUCCGGAUAAAUAUGAUUACAUCGAUGUAGACAAAAUUUUGGCGAAUGAUCGUAUGAGAGAUCAAUACUAUAAUUGCUUCAUUGAUAAGGGGCCUUGCGUAACGGCGGAUGCGAUGUUCUUUAAACAGUAUUUGCCUGAAGCAAUGGCAACAAAUUGCAAAAAAUGCACCGCCUUGCAGAAGGAGAAAUUCGAUAAAAUCUCAGACUGGUAUGACAAGAACCAACCAGAUAAAUGGAAUCAAUUUGUGGUCUCAAUGUUGGACAGCAUAAAAAAAUACCAGUUAAACAAAGAGUAAAUAAUUAUGACAAAUUCUUAUUCUCAGUUGAUGUAUACAAUUGAAUUUUAAAUAUUGUACCAACUUAAGUAAUGUAGCGAUAUUACUAUAUCAUCACGAAAUAAAAUUCAAGCAAUGCUU